AUGCCGUUUGACUCCCUGAAUAGCUGUUUGGCUGAUACCAAUACCACCAGCAGCACCAUCACACUCAUCACCCCUAAAUUGCAACAUCAAGCCCAGUCUGAGAGAUUGGCUUACAAGCUGGUUGUGUUGAAAGAUGAGACGAAGAACAUGAAUAUUCAUGGGCAAACGUGCACUGUGUGUUUAGAGGACUUCAGAAUAAAAGAUGAACUUGUGACGUUGCCAUGCCAACACGGCUUUCACGAAAGAUGUCUGUUAAAGUGGCUGGAGGUGUGCUGCAUAUGUCCCGUGUGCAACAAACCAAUCGGUGCUCCUAUCAACAGUAUAUUGGAUGAACUGGUAUAG